CUUUGAAUCACAUACAUAGGGGACCAGCACAGGAAGAGGCUAUUCCACACACAGGCAAAGUGUGUGGGCAGUUCGUCCCCAAGCAAGCUGUCAGACAGGUCCAGGAGCUUGAGAAGGAGAAGCUGAUAAAAUAUCUGGGAGUAGACAAUGUUCGGGAAAUAUCACUUGCUGUUGUCAUUUCUACAAGCUGGACUGGCGCAAGAGUGGAAAAUCCACACUCCACGUGAGGUGACAACUCAGGAAGGUUCCUGUGCUCAGAUUCCGUGUAAUUAUAGUUGUCCUUCACAUCUGACAAACCAGCCGCGAGUCGGAGUCUGGUAUUAUCAAACAGGAAUUAAAAGAUGGUCAGUAGCCUCUCACUCCGAGAGUCUUAGUAAUGAAUCGCCACAGUUCCGCUAUCGGACCUGGCUGUCUGGAGACCUGCAAGAUGGAGACUGCUCACUGAUUAUAAACAACAUCACACGGGAAGAUGCAGGAUAUUAUUAUUUCAAAUUAACAUUUGUCGACAAAGUGAAAUAUAAAUCCAAACCUGCAACUCAGCUUCAAGUUUCUGAUUUCACAGACAAACCAAUGAUACUCCCAGUGGAAAUUAUCGCAGGAAAGCAUGUGAGCCUCAGGUGCACCUUCAACACAACGUGCAAUGGAAUACCACCUGUCUUAACUUGGGACAUUCCCACUGCUAUACAUGGAACAGUUUCAGAAGCUAUUACACAACAUGGUGUCACUCUGACCUACACUUCCAUCCUGAGCCUGAUACCAUGGCGAAGACACCACGGACAGACUCUUACCUGCAGAGUAGGUUAUCCGCAUGCUUCAUCAGAGCAGACCCUUGUAAUAAAUGUGCAAUACACACCAGAGAAUCUUGCAAUUACUUCCCUUGAUGGGUCAAAAGUUUCUUCAAUCAAUAUAAUUGAGGGAGAGUCUGCAGUGAUAAUCUGUUCUGUCGAGAGCUUCCCAGCUUCUAAUCUGAUGUGGAGACAUCUUAAUGUCACAAUCAGCAGAACAACUUCUAACAAUGAGCUGCGGUUGGUGAUUUCUUACAUUACAUCCAAGGACACUGGAGACUAUCAGUGUGUGGCAGAGAAUGAGCAUGGAGCAGUGAUGGGCUCCAUAACCAUUACUGUGCAACAUGCACCAGAGAACCUUGCAAUUACUUCCCUUGAUGGGUUUAAAGCUUCAUCAAUCAAUGUAACGGAGGGAGAGUCUGCAGUAAUAAUCUGCUCUGUUGAGAGCUUCCCAGCUUCUAACCUAACAUGGAGACAUUUUAAUGUCACAAUCAACAAAAUAAGUUCCAACAAUGAACUGUGGUUGGAGAUUCCUCGCAUUACGUACAGGGAGACUGGAGACUAUCAGUGUGUGGCAGAGAAUAAACAUGGAGCAGUGGAGAGGUCCAUAACCAUCACUGUAGAAUAUCCCCCACGGGAGACCACAGUGUCCACCAGUGGAGCCUCAGGUGGGAUCAGAGAGGGACACAAUGUCACAUUAACUUGCUCCAGUGAGAGUGUCCCACCGAUAUCUCAUUACACUUGGUUCAGGGUCAAGGGAAACACCAGCACCCGGUUAAACUCAAGCAGCCAGAUUCUCUCCUUCACUCCAGUGACUCGGGGAAAUGAUGCAGGUUUCUACUGCACAGUGACAAACCCACUGGGUAACAGCAGCUCCAGCAUGACCCACCUGAAUGUAGAAUAUAAGCCAGAAAUUUCCCAGGCGUCGAAAUGUGCUCAGCGGGCAGAGGGGAUCACCUGUGUCUGUGCAGUCAAUUCCAACCCUCCUGGAGACCUCACCUGGCACCUGCCUCAUACCAACCUCAGCGGUAACCAAACACAGGGAGGUUUUGUGUCGCUGCAGCUCAGAGAGGGACAUCUGGUAACAGGCUCCCUGUUCCUGACAGGACCCCAGGAUGAUGAGGAAGUGACGGUAUCCUGCUCAGUUCGAAACCUACAUGGGACAGCCACGUUCAAGGUCUAUCAGGUCAAAGGCAGAGACUACAAUAAUUGGACAUUGGGAUUCAUCAUGACUGGAAGUGUGUUAAGUGUUUUCCUGGCUGGAAUCUUAUUCUUUCUCUGUGCGCGCAAGAGAAAGACAGCAACUGAGGUGACAGCUUCAAAGACCAAUGAUGUUGCAGUGACCUACAGUCAAAUCACUGUGAAGUGCAAGGGUUCCCAAAACAUGGUAGUUACUGACUCUCAGAGCACAACCAGGGACACAACUAGAGAUGAGGGGACACCAGCUCCCUGGGAUGAGGGCCCAGUGAGAGGAGAUGCUGUACAACCCAAGAGAACUGAGGACCUUGUCUAUGCCAACAUCACCUUCUCAAAGCCAUCUCACCAUGACAGGACUGUGCACAGGGGCAUGGAUAUAGAAUACGCGGAGAUCAGAUUCCAUACAAACUGAGACAGAAACAGGGAGAGUGGUCCGAGGGGCUUGUGCAGCCAUACAGUUAAAUAAUUAUGAAAAGAAAAUGAUGUUGCUUUAUUUUGUUUUGAGAUCUGAACAAGCCCUUUCCAUAAUGCACCUUCUAAACACUGAGAAACUGCUCAAAGUCUUUGGCUUUUGUACACACAUGAUUAA